AUGGAAACGGUGGCGGCUUACGGCAUGGAUAAGCAAUUCGCCCCUAACGCGGUGCGGAUUUUGGAUCCUCCAGACAACCCCCAGGCUAGGAAAAACUUCAGCGUCAGUCACCUUUUGGAUCUAGAGGAAGUCGCCGCCGGCAUGAACGGAGCCAAAGAACCCGGCCCGGAGGCGAGGGAAAGCGGCAAAGGGGCGCAGGAGCAGUCCGGGGGCAGCAGCGGUAGUGAAGGCGGCGCGCUUCGGGAAGGCGAGAGCUCGAGCCCGACCCGCAGCUCCUCCAAGCGGAAGAAGAAGCAACGGAGAAACCGCACCACGUUCAACAGCAGCCAACUCCAGGCUCUGGAGAGGGUCUUUGAGAGGACGCACUACCCCGACGCCUUUGUCCGGGAGGAACUAGCGCGGAGGGUCAGCCUUAGCGAAGCCAGAGUCCAGGUAUGGUUUCAGAACCGGAGGGCCAAAUUCCGCCGUAACGAGAGAGCCAUGCUCGCCAACAGGUCGGCGUCGCUCCUGAAAUCCUACAGCCAAGAUGCAGCCAUAGAACAGCCCAUGGCUCCCCGACCCACCACCCUGAGCCCAGAUUAUCUCUCCUGGUCAACCACCUCCCCAUACAGCAACACAGUGCCUUCGUACGGUUCCAGCGGCCCGCCGGCGCCCGCCCAAGGCGUCAACAUGGCCAACAGCAUCGCCAGCUUACGCCUCAAAGCCAAAGAGUUCAGCCUGCAUCAGAACCAGGUGCCCACCGUGAACUGAUAGGACGUGGGCUUCUUGCCUCUAUCUUUCCUCUUCUACCUGGAUUGCUAGCUCCACCCAUGUCCAGUCCACACCUCUGGGCAAACAAGACCUCAGUGAUUCGAACGCCAGCUCUGCUCUGCAAUCUCUCUCUCUCUCUCUCUCUCUCUUUCACUCUUGUUCACCCCCCCUUCUUGAAGGCAGAGAGAGUUUCGACAAACUACAGAAGGCACCGUUUUCCACCUCUUCGAACCAACGAGAAAUCCUCUUUCUUAAAAA